AUGUCGCGCCACGGAGACAUCUCGUCCAGCCCAGACACGGUCGGGACUUGCGUCUUCCAGUACAAGAUGCCGCGCCUCCACACGCAUGAGGAGGUGAUGGCCAACGUGCGCAAGAUCUGCGAGGGCAUCAUGUACGACAAGGAGGAGAUGAUGGCGACCGCCACCACCAUCCCCGGGCCCGAGACGGACGCCUUUGGAGAGGCGUGCAAGCAGGCCGGCGUCUGGGGCGAGCACCCGCGCAAGCACCCGUACAACACGCUCGUGCUCGUCAACGACAAGGGAGAGGUCGUCCAAAAGUACCGCAAGAUCCUCCCGUGGUGCCCCAUCGAGGGCUGGUACCCGGGCGACACGACGCACGUGAGCGUCGGCCCGAAGGGGCUCAAGAUCUCGCUCAUCAUCUGCGACGACGGCAACUACCCCGAGAUCUGGCGCGACUGCGCGAUGAAGGGCGCCGAGCUUGUCGUCCGCUGCCAGGGGUACAUGUACCCCGCCAAGGAGCAGCAGGCGAGCGACCGCGCGGCAGCAACGGUCCUCGUCGCGAAGUGCAUGGCCUGGAUGAACAAUGUCUACGUCGCCGUCGCAAACGCCGCCGGGAACGACGGCGUCCGCACACACGCUUUUGCCCUCUCCUCCACCCCAGGCGUCUACACAUACUUCGGCCACUCCGCCAUCGUCGGGGCGGACGGACGGUCGCUCGGCGAGUGCGGCACUUGCCCCGACGAGAUGCAGUACGCGCAGCUCUCCAUCUCCGGCAUCCGCGACGCGCGGGAGACGGACCAGGCGCAGAACCACCUCUUCAAGCUGCUGCACCGCGGCUACACGGGGGUGUACAACUCUGGCGACGGCGACAAGGGCGUGGCGACCUGCCCCUUCCAGUUCUACAAGACGUGGGUCGAGAACCCGCUCCUCGCGCAGCAGCAGGUCGAGGCAAUCACCCGCCCGACCAUCGGGGUGGAGUGCUGCCCCGUCGCGGGCGUGCCAAAGCCGGAAGAGAGCCUCGACCCCCUCGUCAACGAGCUCUCCCUCUCGUGA